CUUGUUUCUUUCCAUAUUUUUUAUUCUCUUGUUUCUUUCGCUUUCUACGUCUUCUUUUGCGUUUAUUCUGGUCGUUUUGUUGCGUCGAAUUCGAAACCUGUCGGCUGCUUCAACCAUUGUCGCGCGAUUCCCUCGAUUUAGACAGCAUAGAAGAGUCCACAGAUAGAAUCGCAUUGCGCGUGUAUCUUACCACGAGAGAGUUGCCUUGCUUUUAUCGCGUGCUUCCGACAGCCAGCAAAGAAGAUUGAGUUCUUUAGAUGAUCUAAAUUGGACUCAAUUCAUCGCUGCUUCAUCGUCAAUCCCAGAUUCCCCGCCCCACGUCAUCACCCAUCUUAACAGACCCCUGCUCUCUGCUUAGGAAGAGGGGAAAAGAAGAUCAUGAUCAGCUUCGCUCUUCUUGGGCUCUUCCUGCUUGCAGGCUUUGCGAGCGCCUCGACCUCUGAUAAACGCGGUCUCGUUUACGUGCCCAGUACGGCUCAUCCCACAGACGACCAGAUCUGGGUGCAGUCUGGCAGCGAUUUAACAUGGUACUACAAUUACCAGUCGGAGCCCUCGGCGGCUUAUAACAAGUCUCUUUCGCAGCAACAAUUCGAGUUUGUGCCCAUGAUGUGGGGUGUGUCGAGCAACCUCAGCGACACAGCUUUCUUGAACCAAGUCAAGGCGCUCAUCAGCCAGGGCACCAACAUCUCGCAUGUCCUGGGCUUUAACGAGCCAGAUGGCUCAACCAGCACUGGCGGAAGCGGCAUCAAUCCCGCAGACGCUGCAAAGGCCUGGGUCGCCAACUUCGAGCCUCUGGGCAAGAUGGGCAUCAAGCUUGGUCUGCCGGCGUGUACGGGAGGACCUGAUAGCUUGCCGUGGCUGAAGCAGUUCCUGUCGAAUUGUUCUACGCUUGUUAGUACGGAUAAUCAGAAGAAGAACUGCACUUUUGAUUUCUUGCCUGUGCAUUGGUACGAUAACUUUGCAGGCCUGGCAUCGCUUAUUGGAGAGAGGAGAGCGACAUGGCCCGAUACCGAUAUCUGGGUGACCGAGUACGCGUUUGCGAACCAAGACCUGCAGACAACACAGGAAUAUUUCAACCAGACGGUCGAUUACUUUGACAAGUUGGAUUACAUUGCGCGGUAUACCUAUUUCGGCGCCUUUCGCUCCAAAGUCUCCAACGUCGGGCCCAACGUACCGUUUCUAAACAAUGCUGGAAAGCUGACGGACAUUGGAGCCUGGUACCUUGGUUUCUCCGAGACGAAUGUUAAACCCACAAGCUCGGCAUCCUUAUCGGCUGGAGUAAUGUCUAGUUGGAUAAUUGGAGGAGUAGGUUUACUGACGGCAUGCAUUAGCGGAUUGUUGUGAAUAUGAUUUGGGUGAUUGAGCAAUGAGUGUGACGAUAUAUAGACGUAAUCGGUCUGCUAUUUUGCGAGCGUUGAUGGACAUAAUUAAUUAAUGGAAUCUGGGAGAUACGACAGCGCUAUAUUGUACACAUAUAUAUAGACCGAUACAUGAAAAUAGAUUGGUAGUUGUUUGCUUUUAGAAAAUACAAACUUGGCUGUUUCGCUUCGUCU